AGACAAAAUGGCGGACGAUCUGCCAUACAAAGCGGAAUAUGCGAAAUCUGGUCGUUCUUCUUGCAAAUUCUGUAAGAAUAACAUUGACAAGGAAAGCCUUAGGGUAGCUAGGAUGGUCCAGUCUCCUCACUUUGACGGCAAGAUUCCCAACUGGUUCCACUACAGCUGUUUCUUUAAAAAGCACAAAGUGAACACUUCCAGUGAUAUCAGUGGUUUUGACUCCUUGCGAUGGGACGACCAGGAGAAGAUCAAGGGAAAAGUAGGUGGUGGAGGAGGGAAGAGCUCAGAACCUGCUGCAGUGAGCAGUGGCUCAGAUGACCUGAUGGCAGAAUAUGCCAAGUCUAGUCGAAGUAAAUGCAAGAACUGUAAAGAUCAAAUUGACAAGGGAGAACUUCGCCUUGCUAAGGUCAUGGAGCCUGAUGCAGAGUCUAAUGCACCAGCAGGAGUCCCAAUCCCAUGGUGGCAUCACGUAGACUGCUUCAUUGAAAACAGAGCUUCAUUAGGAGUUGAGUCAACUGUAACAGCCGAGUCUUUCUCUGGAUUUACCAAACUGAAGAAAGAAGAUAAAGACUUGUUGAAGAGUAAGCUUGGAUCAGGUAGAGGAAAAAAGGCUGGAAAAGGAGCCAAGAGAAAAGCUCAAGCUGUAGAUGAAGUUGAUGCAAAAAGGAAAAAGACAGCGGAAGAAGACGAGAUUGAAAAACAGCUUAAGGAACAAAGCAAAUUGUUGUGGAAAGUGAGAGAUGAUUUGCAGAAGAAUUGUUCCUUACCAGAACUCAGGGAGAUGCUUGAAGACAAUGGACUGAACUCGCAGGGAGGAGAAAGUUCUCUCUUGGACAGAUGUGCUGAUGGAAUGACAUUUGGAAGAUUACUUCCCUGUAAAGAAUGUAAUGGUGGUCAGCUUGUUUAUAGGACAGAAGGUUAUUGUUGCACAGGAAACUUAACAAGCUGGACCAAGUGCACUUUUGUCACAAAGCAGCCCAAGCGAGAUACGUGGAAAAUUUCUCUCUUCAUAAAUGACUAUCUUUCAAUGGAUGCCUUUGGAUCAGUGUCAGGCAACCCUGACACUUUGAUGGGAGAAACUAGUGCUCCAAAAAAAAAAGAAAAAAUUCAAUUCAACAGGAAGAAUUUCAAGUUCAAGAAAAGAGAGAGGAUAUUCCCAAAAGUGCCUGAUGUGCCUGUCACGUCAUCUAAAGCACUAAUCAAAUCUGAAGCUGUUACUUCUGUGGCUUCUCCACUUUCUGCCACUGCACCUGGCAAGCCACUUUCUGACAUGAAAUUUGUAGUCAUUGGCAGACUUCAACAAAGCAAGGAGAAAAUCACGAGAGCCAUACAAGAUCUGGGAGGAUCUGUAGUUGAGAAAAUAAAUGCAGUUAUUGACUGCUGUAUUAGUACGCAAGCUGAAAUAGACAAGAAAAGCAAGAAAAUGAGAGAUGCUGAAAAGUUUGAUGUGCCAGUUGUCAGUGAAGAUUACUUGGAGGCUGUGAAAAAGGUCGGGGCCAAACUGAUGAUUUCACAGCAUAGCAUUGCAUCAUGGGGAAAUGUAAAGGGUACUAGUGUGACAGAUGGUCCCUCCCCUCCUUCUGUGGCUAAGGUCAAGAAAAGUGCUUCAGAUGGAGGAAGUGGAUUGGCAAAGAAAAUGAAGGUUGCUGUGAAAGGUGGAGCUGCAGUAGAUCCAGAGUCAGAGAUGGAAGACACAUGCCACGUGCUUGAAGAAAAAGGAACAGUUUACAGUGCUACUUUGGGCUUAGUUGACAUUGUUAGAGGCACCAACUCUUAUUACAAACUACAGAUUUUAAAAGCUGACCGUGGCAAUUCUUAUCAUCUAUUCCGAUCGUGGGGAAGAGUUGGGACAACCAUUGGAGGAAACAAACUGGAGCGUUGUGGAUCCUCAAGGUCAGCCAUUGAAAAGUUCAUGGAACUUUAUGCCGACAAAACAGGAAAUAGCUGGCUGGACAGAAAGAACUUUGUCAAGCACCCAAAUAAAUUUUAUCCACUGGAAAUUGACUAUGGGCAGGUAUGUGUGGUUAAUGUCAGAGCAGUUGGUACUAGUGUGACAGAUGGUCCCUCCCCUCCUUCUGUGGCUAAGGUCAAGAAAAGUGCUUCAGAUGGAGGAAGUGGAUUGGCAAAGAAAAUGAAGGUUGCUGUGAAAGGUGGAGCUGCAGUAGAUCCAGAGUCAGAGAUGGAAGACACAUGCCACGUGCUUGAAGAAAAAGGAACAGUUUACAGUGCUACUUUGGGCUUAGUUGACAUUGUUAGAGGCACCAACUCUUAUUACAAACUACAGAUUUUAAAAGCUGACCGUGGCAAUUCUUAUCAUCUAUUCCGAUCGUGGGGAAGAGUUGGGACAACCAUUGGAGGAAACAAACUGGAGCGUUGUGGAUCCUCAAGGUCAGCCAUUGAAAAGUUCAUGGAACUUUAUGCCGACAAAACAGGAAAUAGCUGGCUGGACAGAAAGAACUUUGUCAAGCACCCAAAUAAAUUUUAUCCACUGGAAAUUGACUAUGGGCAGGAUGACGAGGAGCUUAAGACAACUAUUGCAGCAGGAAGUAAAUCCCUGCUACCUGUUCCUGUCCAAGAGCUUAUUAAAAUGAUAUUUGAUGUUGAGUCUAUGAAGAAAACACUUGUAGAAUUUGAAAUCGACUUGAAGAAAAUGCCAUUGGGAAAGUUGACAAGGCGACAGAUAGAAAGUGCUUAUUCUGUUUUAGGAGAAGCACAGAAAUUGAUUUCAGAUGGUAGUAGUGCCAAUGCUCUUCUGGAUGCAUCUAACAGGUUCUACACACUGAUUCCUCAUGACUUUGGUAUGAAGAAGCCGCCAAUGUUAAACAACUUGGAACUAAUUCAGGCUAAAGUGGGCAUGUUGGACAAUUUGCUUGACAUUGAAGUAGCUUACAGUUUGUUGAAGAGUGGGGAGAGUGAUCUGGCAAAGGAUCCUUUAGACGUUAACUACGAAAAAUUAGAAACUGAUUUAGAGGUUCUUGCCAAGGACUGUAAGGAAUAUUCUUUGAUCAGUGAUUACGUGAAAAAUACACACGCUGAAACACACUCUCAGUACGAGCUGGAAGUCCUGGAGGUCUUCAAGGUGAAUCGUCAUGGUGAAAGAGAAAGAUUUCAGCCUUUCAAGGAACUGCACAAUCGCCGCUUACUGUGGCAUGGCUCCCGCACCACAAACUACGCUGGCAUUUUAUCUCAAGGGCUCAGGAUCGCGCCUCCUGAGGCCCCAGUGACAGGCUAUAUGUUUGGUAAAGGUGUUUAUUUCGCAGAUAUGGUGUCCAAGUCAGCAAAUUACUGCCGCACCACACCUACUGAUAACAUUGGUCUAAUGAUGCUCUGUGAAGUGGCUUUAGGAAAUAUGCAUGAACUAACUGCAGCUAGCUACAUAUCAAAACCUCCUAAAGGAAAGCACAGUGUCAAAGGAUGUGGUAAGACAGGCCCAGACCCCUCUGCGGACGUCACGCUCGAGGAUGGCACGAUUGUUCCAGUCGGAAAAGGAACUAACACAAGUGUUGCAAAUUCAAGUCUUCUCUACAACGAAUACAUCGUGUAUGAUGUUGGACAAAUUAACAUCAAAUACUUGCUAAAGCUUGAUUUUAAGUACAAAUAUGGAUGGUGAACGGUGUUCUUCAGUCGUCGACGAUUGAAGAUAAAUGUUUAGAAAGUGCACAGUGAAAAAAAUGCUUGAUGAGCAGGACAAAAAAAUUCAAGUUUUUAUAGUAGAGUCAAUCAUCGUUAUUGUUCAAUUUCGUAGUACGUAUCGAUAAAGUUAAAGGAGCUCGUCACAGUUUGUGCAUCUCGAAAAGUUUAGUCUAAACUUUUCAAGUCCGUCGUUCGCAAUCCGUGCAAUCUUCUCUAUCCUUAGCCAUUGUUGUUUCUCUAUGGUUUAUUACCAUCUCUUUAGUGUUUUUCUCUCUUAGUAAACUAUUAUUUUCAGGUUUCAUUCAGUUUAACACCGUGACUUGUGCUCGUUUGAGUCAAAAAAUAUUCGAACAAUCCUCGGCGUCUGAAAGGUAUUGCGUUUCUUAUCGGACAAUCACUACGGUUCUAUACAGAGAUUCUUUAUAAGCAAUUUAGAAUCAAAUAAUUAUACGAAUGUUCCAGUUGAUAUGGUGAUUGAUCUACUACUAGUAAAUUUGUUUACAAAAAUCGGAUUCCCAGAUUCGGGAGUCUUCGAUGGCUGCGUGAACAAGACUUGCCUUUCCCACUUAUCAACGGGGUAACAAGUGCCUAUUUGCCGACUCGGACGGCGUAGCAGGUUUGGAUUAGAAUACCGUUGGCUCGAGGUCGUGAUAUCAGCCAAACAUAGUGCAGCUUAGCCCUCUUACUCGGCAAUAAUCCUAUCGCCAUUUCUGGCAGUUUAUUUGAUGGAAAAUUUCUUAAUAUGUCCAAUCUUUGUUAAAAAAUCGAGAUAUUUUGAACUGAGUGCGUACCGAAUAAAAAGGUCUGUUUGAUUAGAUCCAGGACUGAAAGAAAAUUCGUUUCUAACAGUUAGAUAUAGUUUUAUAGUUGUAUUUCAUUUGUGGUCGUACGUGCGACAGUAAAAAUAAAGAAAUUUCAACAAUGAUGCUUGUAGCAGUGUCUGAUGGCGAUGGUCGUGAUUGAAAAAAAAAA